CUGUGCUUGUUUUAGUUAAUUCGAAAUCGUGCAAAAAUUGAUCGAGAGGCAGCUCUUUUUAUUAAACAACGUACUCGUGUAAUGAAAUCAGAAAAUAGAACUGGGGAUGAAAAUUCAAUAAGUUCAUUUUCUAGGACAGCUCUACGUUCAUUAGUGUGUUGUACACCAUGUAAUAUUUGUUUUGGUUGUCAUUCAACAGCUCAUAAUGAAUCAGAUGCAUGAGAUCAUGAAGAAAUAUACUGAUUUGGUACUUUUAUUUGUAAUUCUUCUGUAUGCCUUUGAAAUGAACUGCAUCUGUUUCAACAAAAGUCAUAAUGAUGAUUGUUAAAUAAAACAUAUUUGUGUCCAAAGCACAACUAUAGUACCACAGGAGGAAAAAAAUCGAUGAAAAUAAGUAUAAUAAUAGGAAAGAACGACGUGUUAUGUUUUAAACAGCAGUGGGAAAUGUGUAAGAAAAUAACUUGCUCAAUAGUUUUCUAUGUUGCAGCCGAUCUCUGCAUUCUGUUUUCAAAUUUUAUUUAGCCUUAGUGCAUAGAUAUCUCAAAAAAAUGUCGUUGUACAUUAUGUUAAUAAAACUAGAUUUUCUCUGGGAUAAAGAUAGAUUUUCGCUUGGUUACUUGAAAGAUUAUCCAACUGAGUUGAAAAAAAGAUGAAAAAUUUUAUCGCAGACAGGUCAUUUUUAUUUGAUUAAAAGCGAUAACAAAAUUCAAAAAAUCGCUCUUGAUGCAUCUUUAACCCUAAUAGUACCGUCCAUUUUUACGCACUAUACUGACAACCUAUAUUUUCAUAAAGUAAUUGUUUUUACUUUUGGAUCAGUCUCCUGUUGAAAUAUGCUGUUUUCAGGGUGGGUGUGGGUGUGGGUGGGGUGGGGGUGGGGGUGUGGAUGUGGGUGAGGGUGAGGUUUGGGUGUGGAUGUGGAUGAAUGAAAAGACUCAUACCCACACCCACACUCACACCCACUCAUACCCACACCCACCCACACCCACACCCACCCACACCCACACCCUCCACUUAGAUUAGUGAAUGAGUCAUUCAAUUAUAUAUUGCAAGUUUUACUUUUUUUUCCUUUCUUGUUAUAUAUUUGUUGUAUACUGAAGACAUCGUCUUGAAUCAAAAGAUUGUAAUGAUAUGGAAAACAAAUGUAUUUCUUUUCAAAUUCAACAACGUAUAUCUAUUCGUAAGGGAUGCUAGUUGCUUCUAAAAACUGAGGAAAAACAAAAUAUCUCUAGUAUAUUUUUAAAUUUUUGAGGGGGGUCGAAAAUGACCCCGAAUGGUACUACUAGGGUUAAAAACAUCGUCUUCUUUAAAUUUUUUGUAAAAUUUCUGUAUUAACAAAGUUUAUGAGAUAAAUCUCUUUUACUUAUCAAAUUAUUUUCUACCUCUUUCUCCAUGAUAGAUAUCUAACAAGUUUUUCUCAAAUGAAGUUUCGUCAAGCGAAAUACCUUUUAUUCUAAUGAUGCUCUAGACAAAUUUUGAAAAGUGUGUUGACGCCUAUUGUCGAUAGUUUAUCAUUCAUAAAACUUCGCCUAAGGCUGAAACCAAAGACAUAUUCUGUAAGCUUUUGAACACUUUUUCAACUCUAUCUGAAAAAGCACUUUUAAAAAAGUUGCAGUGAAACAAAAAAAGAAAUAUUAGUUGACUUCCGACAGUUGACGUUAAAAACUAGGUACUUGAGCAAUUGCUAUGAUUUCUCAGAAAUUAAAACGAAUGGAAACUUGACUUUUUCAGAAGUGAAUGACCUUCUUUACAUUUGUAAAACGAAAACAAAAAUUAUCAAUAUCGAUUGCGUAGACUUAGUGCAUAAGUUGUUCGAUAACACAUCCUCAAAGUACUGAUGCCAAGUUUUGGUAUCAUCAGUCAUAGCAUAACUAUGAGCAAAAUACUAACGAACACGUAUCUCGAUUCAUCCAUCUCAUAGCAUGCUGAUUUUGCUGUGACUUACACCUGCUUUUAUGGCUAGUAUAAAAUUAGUUAGUGUGCAUGGGAAGUAUAAGCACUGAAGUACAAGAACUCUAAGUCAUGAUAACUUUUCGUUUAUAGCUACAGCUAACAUCAAUUAUUGAAUCUGUCAUUGGACGAAAUCCUAUAGUGCAAGGUAGCUGAAUGGAAAGCGUAUUCUUUUUUCCUUCUUGAUGACUUGUUUUUUCGUAUUUUGUUUUUUCAUAUUCAAGAAUUAUGAUUUUUCUUCCUUCUUAUAUUUUUUUAAUUUAUUUAUGAAAUUUUUAAGUGUGAUGUUUUCGUUUUCUUUCGUUUUAUUUGUUUAAGUCUUUCGAGACUAUAAUUAUUAAAAUAAACUGCUGAAUCAUGUUUUUUCGCAGUUGUAUUGAUCGAAAAAAAAAACAUGCGAAAAAAUAGUCGUUUAAAAACAAUAUUCCGAUCACUUGUAUGCUUCUAUGCACUAAAGUUCUUAUAGAAUGUCGUUGCAAUACUUAUGUUUCUAUCGUUCUCAACAAUUUCAGUUGUGUUAUUCAUAUUUUCAAUCUAAGUAAAAAAAAAACAAAAAAAGAAUCCUAUUCAAUAAAGUUUCCUAAACCAUUUAUACUAUAAAUGUAAUAGAAUCAUUUUCUUGGUUGAAUAUUUCCAAACAAACAGAAGAACAUCAAUCUAUAUAAUAAGGUUGAUGAACAUGAUUUUGAAAGUUAUUUAAUCAUUCAAAAAUAAAUUGUUCUAGAUGUUAAUCAAAAUAUUUACGUCGUAAACAUUAUCAACUGAUUGAAUAUAAAACUUGACAUGUAUACAACAAUGCCAAACUGAGAAUGCACUAAAGAAAGAGCAAUACCAUACGAAAAAUGACCCCUAUCAAUUUCUCCUGGACACUCAUUAGAGUUCUGAUGCAUUUGAUCUGUGUCUAGAUAUAGAAAUAUCGGAGAUAAUGAGAACAUCGUGGUAAAGUAGAUAUUUCCUCUAUAUAACUUGAGGGUAUCAUAAUGCUACAAACAACUACACAUAGGAGGUUUUAUCUUCAAUAUCUCGAAUUAAGUAUACUAGAAAUUAAACAGUUUUCGAUAAGAUCCAUAGAAAAUAUCUAGUCAGUGAUGCAUCAUUUUUUAGUUCAAUCAUACAGAAGUUUACGAUAUUAUACUAUUCAAAUGUACUUAAUCAAGCUCAUGCUGUUGUUUAUCAUUCCAAAAGACAUCUGAUAAAUUUAUUAAAUUACAGGAAUAAAGUUAAGGUGAAAGUAUGUCAAAGAACAUAGGUUUUAAUGGUAUUAGUAAAAGAGAGGAACUCAUUCAACCAUGAAACCAGUCUUCUGUCGAAAUUGAGUUUCUUAUUUUCCCAUGGAAAAGUAAUAAAAACAAUUUCGAGACAAGACAGAUUUCAGCACUUAACGAUCUUUUUUCUCUUCUUUGAGUAAAUAAAUAAUUGAGGUUCGAUCAAUAACAGAUUUUAUCUGAUUCGGUCAAGCCAAUUUUUAUGUAAACAAAUACUUUGAUUUCUAUUGGUUACAAUAUAAUUAUGACGAAUGUUGUCAUAAGCAUGGCUUAUUCUCUAUAUAAAUGCCUACAUUUUCGAUCGCAGCGCAUUUGAUGGUAAUAGCACAAAAAAAAAGUCACCAAGAAAAACAACAACUAUGAACAGAAUAGUACUUGUAGUGAGUAGUGAAACCUGAAAGAAAAAUUCAAAAUUGAUUUUUUGUUUUAGUUAUUUCUAAUAGUUAGCGUUAUCGCAUCGCUCGGUUGGGCCGAUUCAGAAGCGCUGACACAAAAUCCUAUGUCAAUGCUUUGUAAUUCUUUUCCAUUAAAUGCAAAGAUGAUACCACCUGUAUUGAAUACCAUGCAAGAACUCCAACAAUUUCCACUUUCAGUUCACUCUAUUGAAAGUAACAUACAAUCGGUAAAUAGUGCAGAAACAUGUACGAAUUUCUUUAAUGGUUUACAAACAGAAUUUGAAAAAGAUAUAAAAAAUCAAGGAUUAAAAAUUUCGGAUACUAAAGAGCCAUUUAAACAAUUUCUUCGUGCGAUAUUUCCAGGUAUUCCUUUAUUCAAUUAA